CAAGGCUUUAUCUCCAGAGUGGAGUCAUUCCGUGGCAUCCUUAUAAACUGCUCACUGGAAGCCAUUGUGAGUAAUCACUGCACAUUUGGCUUCUUUAGAUGGUAUGGACACACGGCAUCACCAAGACAGCUACUCAGGGUCCCUCUGUCUCCUCCAACAUCCGUGUACAAAGUUCCCAUGUUCAUCUGCUAUGACAUACAUCCAUGAGGAUGAAACACGCCAUUCCAGAGUCAUUUCAAACUCCCAGAUUAAUCAGCCGUGCACAAAAUACAAGGAAUUGUCAUUCGGCAGCAUGUAUCCAUUAAAGAGUAUAGAGGCUCAUGCUGUGAUUAGGGAAUUCUAUCCACUUCAGACUUGUCGUGCAGGUGUCACCAAUUCCGUCCAUAAUGACACCACCAGGCUGUAUCGAAGCUUGGAAAACCUGCACUGGGCUGUAAUUUCAGAAUCCAGUGUUUAUGCUCAGUACAGGAGCGUGGGAAGUGAUUUUAAUCUGCAUUGCAGGAGCACCAGACACAUGUCAGAAGAUUCUGCUGAGAAAGGGUCUCUCCAUAGUCUGACAGACAUCUGUAGACAUUCCACCGAGAGAUUAGCUGGCUUUAGAGACCUUUCGGUACCCCCCAUUGCCAAAGUGCACCAGUGGCUCUUUCCUGCAGCAGAGGACAAGGUCACCCAAGGUGAUACCAAAAGAGAACUGAAAGAGAAGCUUAGAAUACAUAGCUCCAAGCUUGUGGAACCCAUUCGACCUGUUCGCCCACAGACUUUCCAAUCUACCUGCUUGGCCAACGUACCUACAGAAAGCAGGAGAUGCCAGCACUGCAAGUGUAGACUUCCAUGCAGCACAGCAUCUGCAGAGCAUCAUGCACAUACUAACAGCACAAAUACAAAGAGAUGUGCAAGCACCUUAUACCACAGAACCAGCCCAGAGCACAUUAAACAAGAGGCCAUACGAAGGCUGCAACUCCGCAGGCAAAACAGCUUCCCAAACCUUGCACUUACUCAUGGAGAUCAAGAGCACAGGGGCAUGGCUAAAUCAAAAACAACCGAAUCAUUCAAAGAACAGAGGCCUGAGAGUUGUAGAGAUUGGGAAACACAGCCAGCAAGGGCCACCAGGGAUGUUAAAGGUAGAUUAUAUAUCCCAACAUUUGAAGAAUUUAAGAGGAUGCGUGAGAAAGAGAAGGGUUUGUUGGGCAAAACUGACGUUUCCUCACAAAAUAUGGAAUUAUCUCCACGAGAGGUCCAUUGCACAGAAGGAGAUAGACAGUCUUGCAUACCAGUAAUGGUGGAAGUCCACAGCCACAGACUGGGUAAUGAAACAAGUGAGUUAUCAGCAGAGAAUCAUCGCCAGACCCACAGUGACCUGGUGGGUUCCUCCCAAGGCAAAGUACCUUUGAAUGACAGUGUUAUGUGUAGCAUUGCACAGCAUGGCUCAUUAGAAAGCAGAGCUCACUCACCCUCAUACCGGUGUGCUUUCUCAGCUCCCAUUUGUUCCGGUCCUGUUUCAAAGUUCCCAUUGCAGACGCUUACCAUGCACAUUGACAAAGAGCAGCUUGUUGAGUGUGAGCCACAUGUGUCUGAUACCAAUAGUCCUAGUGGACUGCACGGCAUUGCAGAGCAGGGUCAAACUUCUGAAGCCCAUUCUUCUUGCUGUCCAUCUCUGCUUUUAGAAGCCACAGAUUUAUCCAGCUAUGGAUCUAAGCUGCAGAAAAUGAAGGAUGGGCUCAUAGGUUCAGCCUUGGAUCUCAUUAAGAAAAGGUAACGGUAUUGCUUGCUCUAAGCAGUUUGUUCUUGAGACUCUAAUGAUAUCAUAUGCAGGUUUUAGCUCUGCUAGAUAACAGAGUCGAGGUCAGUGGCAUCACUAGGAAUACCACGUUUUCUUGGAUACAAAUCACUUCUAGCUUAGGUUAUUUACCAUAGUCUGUGCUCGACAAAUCCCAGACGCCAGGUCCCCGUGACUUCCCGGCACCUGGGUGUUUGUCAGCUUGUUCAGCCCCCAAGGUGACCGACUGACUGAUAUUGAAGGUAGGCAGCCGGCUCAUGGAGGGCAGAGGUGGAUGGGCCCUGACUGAAAGCAGAGGUGGCAAGGGAGCUGUGAUCUGCUAUUAUGCCGGCAGCCGGAAUAUGACUGUAUAUGACAAAAUAAGCUGUAGUGUCCCUUUAGGAAUUCUAUUUAUGAUGGUAAAAAACCUGGCUCCUAACCUUUUUAGCUGGCUGCUAGAUUCCAAGCAAAUUUGUCAAGCCCUAGUCUGAAUUGUAGUGAAAUUAAGUCUGCAUGGCAAAAUUCAAGCUAAAAUAGCUGAUCUGGAAAAAUUCUCCAACCCAGGUAUAGUUACUGCUUUACUAUUUUAGCCUGAGUUUUGUAAUUCAGACCUCUUGUCUGCAGCCCAUGCAAGCUCUCCCCUUUAAUCCCCGCCCAGACUUUCUGUGUCUGUCCAAUCAAAGACUUCCCAAUGCAGCUCAAUGAGAAGUCUUUGCAAGGCAGGUGCUCUGGGCAGUUCCUGCCUCUUGAGUUUAGCUUCACUGAGCUAAACAACCAGGAAGCAACAGAACCGGGUAUCUGAUUGACAGUCAGGGGGGUGUAACCAGUACAAUUUAUAAAAGUGCCAAUUUAUAUUCAAAUCGGCACUUUUUGUAAAAUGAAAAAAGAGGAUACACUCUUCACAUAUAAGGGUCUAGAGGUGAUAUAGACAGAGAUAAGGAGAGCGUUGGUUGUGCUGGUGUAUAUAAUAAUGCUGUAUCUGGGCUACAGAUUGCCCAUGGCCUAUGCUGUGUUGUGGCAGUAUACAGGGGCCUCGCUGUUAGUGAUGAUGUUCGUUUCUUCCCAGCUGUAUAACUGAGCCAAGCAUCGAGCCUCCGGUUAGAGUAUCAUAUGAACUCUCGAAAACAGAUCCCACAUCACAGGAGAACAGCUGUCAAUCUCGAUCUGGUGCCAUGACAACAUCAAGCUGUACGACAACUGACUGCAAGCCCAGUGUAAGUACAACACAGCUUGGGAGGAGGCAAAACAAUAAUAUCAGAAGGCAGAUGCCAACUCCCAUCAGGUUUGACCAGUUAAUGGUAAGAUAGGUUUUUCAAUACAUAACAUGCCCUACUUAGCAAUUAAAGGGUUAAUGUAGAAACUUUUGUGGUGUUCCUCAACAUUUUGCCAAAUAAAUGUAAUAAAAUAUUAAAUAAUGCAGAGAAUUCUCAAACUGUCCACUACCCAUUGAUAUUUUAAAAGUCCCACAUGUCCAUGCCACAGUAAAUUAGUACCGAACUGAUGGCUGUUUUGAAUCCGGGAUAUGUGGCUUUUAUACCCGGUACACAUAGGAGUGACUUGUUCUGGAGAGAAGACAGUCUGGAGUUGGCUCUUGGAGGCUCUGCCGGUGCUGCCGGCGUUUGGGGUCGAGCAGGAUUGCCGUGUAUGCACUGCUAUACUCCUUAGGACAGAAGAGCAGAAGCCAUCUCCCACGUGUUGCUGAUGCCUGGGGACGAGCAAGACGAAAGCGUCUGCACUGCAACCCUGCUAUAGCCCGAAGGAUAGUGAACGAGCAGAAAACGAAGAGAUCCGAUGCAGCAAUCAGAUCACAAAGAGACAGCUCCUCCAGCAGAAAAAAAGAUGAGUACAACAUAAUAACAUAAACAAUUUAAAUAUGUUAUAUAUUCUCUAAUGCUGUAUUAGGAGGAAAACUUAAGAAGGAGAAGAUAUAAAGCGAAGGGAAAAAGCAAUUAUUCCGUUCUGGAUGUAUAUAUUUUUUUAUUUAUUCAUUUUUUCUCAGUUAAUGUUUUGGUUUUUGAGAUUUUUUCCUUUUUGGCUCAGAGAGUAGCCCUUUAGAAAUAUAACCCUAUGGGCGAUAUUCUCUCAUCAUCUCCUAUUGAUAUAAGUAAAAACUACUUUUACAUGUAAAAUGGCCACCAGAAGCCAGACGACAUAAAGGGAUAAGAGAGACAAUAAGUUUGCCUGGGUUCUUCUCCCCUGUCGCUCAAAAAGAUAAAUCAAUCAUAGCAAACACAGAAAGGCCGGGCAAAAGAUUCUGGAAGUAAGCCAAAACCCUGAAGACACGUAUGUGUCCCAGACUUAUUUUUAAAGAUUGUAUGCAUUCUAUGGUGGAAACACUGAAAGACAAUAGUAAGUCUAGUGCUAUAGACAUUAAACAAAAAAUUGGAAGUACAUGCCUUAAUCAGCUUGGACAAAAAAUAGCUGAAAUGGAGGAGAAUAAUCAAUCCUUUAAAGAGCUCCAAGUAAUAUCUGAACGAAAAAUAUCGGAUAUAGAAUUACAAUUAGGUGACAUGGAAGAGCGCGCAAGAGGACAGAAUUUAAGAUUUAGAAAUAUAUCUGAGGAAAUAAAUUAUGAAAGACUACAAAUAUUUUUGGAAGAAUUUUUUUGGAAAGCUGGGAGUUAACAAUAAACUUCAUCCAUUUUUAAACCAAGGGGUAUUCCCGAAAGUACUCCUAGGGAUGUAAUAGUCCAUUUUUUUUCAUUUCAAAUUAAGGUACACAUUUUUAAAGAAAUCAGAGCUCCAAAUAACUUCUAGGCACCUUUAAGAAGUAUCCAAGUACUACAGGACUAUUCCUAUAUAAAACAAUAUCGCAGAAGAUACACAACUUCUCAACACAAAUGAACUUGUUUAAAACACACAAUAUUAAAUUUCGUUGGAGCGCUUCGGCCAUCCUAAGAGUAUACUGGGACAACAGAUGGAGCUCUUUCAGGACACCUAAAAAAGCUAGACAAUGGAUUGAACAAGGAAAUUUGAGUUAGAGGAAGAAGAAAAGAAAGAGAAAAUCUGUACGGAGCUCUAUGAAGAGAACAAAAGGAUAAUAGAGAGGGAUAAUAUGAAUUAUUAAAAGGACUUUUUUUUUCCAGACAAAAAUUAGUACUUGAGUAAGGAUUUAAACAUAAAUAGAUAGAAAUAUAUAGAUCCUACUCCUUAUUAAUAUAUUAGCACUAAUAGAGAUAAAAUUCAAAUAUAAUAUAGAUCACAAAUAAUUGGGUAUGUAAUGGAAGGGGGUAAUGAAAAAAUAAGAGGAGUUAAAUAGAUUAUUAAAAUUAUUAGAUAUAGACACAGUAUAAGAAGCACGACUAAUUCUUACAAAUAUAAAGGCAAGAUAUAAUACAAGCACUCGGGCGGAUAUAGGUCAUUUUUUGAAAUACAAAGAGAGGAAAGAUUAAGGGAAAAGUAAUUAUUCACAUACUUAUUUUUAUUAUUUUUUUAAUGGAUUAGAAAGAUAUAGAUCUUGUCUCUAAAUAAAGAUAGUAAGGACAAAAAGGACUAACUAAAUUUCUUAAAUACUACGUAUAUUUUCUAUUGAUAAUACAUAGGAGCGUCUAGGAGAGUGAUGAGGCGGGUGGGAGUAGGUUUUUAUAUCUUCCAAAUGUUUCCCCAAUAACUCUAUUAAAGAAACUAUUAAAGGUAAAUGACGUAAAGGAGGGUAUUCUUGUAAUAGCAGGGGACUCAAUCCUAGAUCCAAUUUAGGAUAAAAAAAAAUACCAGCAGGAGCCACUAUUAGUAGAUACAUAUCAAAACAAGCAAAAUCUCUAACAAAUACUCUUAAGAGACCUGCUUGAUAUAUGGAGGGUGUUUCAGCCCGAGGAUAAAGAGUUGACACGAUUUAGGGCAAUCGCAUGUUAGUAGAUAAGGUUAAAAGAAUAGAAAUCAUUGAUAAUGCGUGGUCUGAGCAUUUUGGAAAUGGAUUUGGAUAGUGAUUUCCCAUCCUUUAAUAGAACAACUUGGAGACUCAAGAAAUCCUAAAUAUAUAGAACAUAAAAUAGAAGAUUUUAUGUUGGAUAAUAAUAUAUCAGGUACUUCUUCCGGCAUAUAUUGGUGUGCCUUUAAGGCUGUGAUGCGUGGUCAUGUUAUAAAGCUACAAAGUCAAAUAAAGAAGCAAGUGGGGCAACCGCUAUCCCACCUAUACCACGAUCAUUGCAAAUUGUCUAACGAGUAUAAAGUAAAUCUGUCAAAGGACACUUUGGACAAACUAAUUAGGGAUACAAUCACAGAAGGAAUAACAGCAAAUCUUAAAAAAUGACUACAGAGGAAAUAGGGCAGAUAAAAUCCUUACUAAAAAAUUAAACAGAUAAUAGAGUUCAGAAAUUAAUAGUUGACUCUAAAACAUAUAAUAACCCUGUAGAAAUUGGCCAGGCUUUUAAUGAUUAUUAUUCGAAUCUUUAUAAUAAUAUAGAAAAUGUCACAUUAAGAAAUUGGAUAAGCCAUGGUAUUAAACAGGUAGAUCAAAUCAUGCUCGGCACUAAUAUUAAACCGUUUCCCAGAUUACAAGAGGAAUUCUCUCUUCAAAAUUCUGAAUUAUUCUCAUAUUAAAAAUUUCAUAGGUCUUUACAAGACAGAAUCUACAUCAGAAAAUAUUUCUCAUAAGUUGGUAAAUGGCGAUAUUUAAAUAGACCCUUGUCAAGAUCUAUUGAAUUCAUAUCCUUUUUAUCUCCUGUGGAUAUUUCAGUGUUAACUAGAUGGGAAAAAGUAUUGGGCCAUCAAAUAGCUACAGCUGAGUGGGCGAAAGGUUUCUAUUUGGUCACAAAAAACGUUUACUGCCUAAACUAUGUAGAGACUCGUGUAAAGGUUAUAUAUAAAUGGUAUUAUACACCAGAUAAGCUUCAUAAAAUAUCUGCUACAAAGUUGAAUAUAUGUUGGAGAUACAACCAAGCUGGGCUCAUAUGUUCAUAUAUGGUGGUACUGUCCAAAAAUACUUGGACUUUGGAAUAAAUUGUUUGAUUGUCUUGCACAAAUUGGUGUUCCCAAUAUUACUAGGUCACCAGAAGUGGCCUUUUUUCAUCUCGACUGGCCAUAUUUAACUAAAGUAGAUAUAUUUUUCGUAAUUGUUGUUUUGUAUCUGUUAAAAUCACGAUUGCACGUAGAUGGAGACAAGUAGAAUCGCCGAUAUGGAACGAGAUCAAAAAAUAAAUAAAUCAAUAAUUGGUAAUGGAGCAAGGUCUCACCUAUCUAAACAGUUUCAUUAUAAAGAAAAGUGGCGAUAUUAGAAAGAGGACACAAGCCUUAAAUAAGUGGUCGGACGGAUAGAUCGUGCACGUAGAUGAUGAUUUAUUCCUCUGUUAGUACAAUGUUGAAGUAUAUCUUUUAUUUAUUUUUUCACUCUGCUGUUACUUUUAAUAUGUCUGUCUUGAUUAUUAUAAUGGGAUAUAGUAUGGACGUCCUAUAUAUUCUCUCUAUCUAAUGUAAUAGAUGUCAAAAUAUUUUCUCUAAAUAAGUACACUGCUUUAGAUAUUUUGUAUGGAUAACAGAUGAUGGUUAAUUGAGAGACAGAGUCACACAUUUUAUAUCUGUCUGUUUGUAUGUGUGUUAUAAAAUGAGAAAAAAAAUUCUAUAUGGCUUUUCAUUUGGCUUUUCACAAAUUGCACAUUUGGUUAUAUUUGAUGUAUUGAGCUCUAUCAUUUGACUGCUCUGCUAGAUGUUAAAAAAAACAAAAGCCAAAUCUCACUAAUUUGUCUAAACAAAGUUUGUUAAUUUAGCUAUGCACCGAUUCACUGGACACAGACCUGGCACCAUAACUCUAAAUCCUCAUAAUGCUGCCCUAUAACAAUAUCACACCAUAUAUCUCUCACCACAGCCGUGUCUCCGUUUAUUGCCGUUUGUUACCGUGUGGUUACAUGGUCUCCAUUCGGCUGGAUCUAUUUCCAGGUAAAUACAGAGGCUGCCAAGAGCUUGACGAUCCACUCAGCUAAAUGCUUUUUCAAUUUGUUGUUGAGAACAAAGUGAUUCACAGGCAUUUGAUCAGCUGAAUUUAGAGAAUCGAACCAAAUUAAACAACUGAAUUUGCUAAAAGUAAAAUUGACGUUGGCAGUUAUUCACUAAAGGGAUAAAUCAAAGUUCAUUGAAAGUGAGUUUCACAUUUCAGACCAAAUUAACAGAAUUGUGAAGUUAUGUCGGGUAUGUUUCCUGUUUGGCCACUUUGGCAUAAAAUGUAAAAAAAUCACUUGGAAUUCACUCAGUUCUCAUAUUAGUGAAUAAACCCUUCUGUGCUUAUAAUCAGACAGUACUCGGAUCAGUGGCAGCUUCCCAUUCCCUCGCUUAUAAUCAAACAGUACUCGGAUCAGUGGCAACUUCCCAUUCCCUCGCUUAUAAUCAGACAGUACUCGGAUCAGUGGCAGCUUCCCAUUCCCUCACUUAUAAUCAAACAGUACUCAGAUCAGUGGCAGCUUCCCAUUCCCUCGCUUAUAAUCAGACAGCACCCGGAUCAGUGGCAACUUCCCAUUCCCUCGCUUAUAAUCAGACAGUACUCUGAUCAGUGGCAGCUUCCCAUUCCCUCACUUGUAAUCAGACAGUACUCAGAUCAGUGGCAGCUUCCCAUUUCCUCGCCUAUAAUCAAACAGUACUCAGAUCAGUGGCAGCUUCCCAUUCCCUCGCUUAUAAUCAGAUUAGUACCCGGAUCAGUGGCAGCUUCCCAUUCCCUUGCUUAUAAUCAGACAGUACUCGGAUCAGUGGCAGCUUCCUAUUCCCUCGCUUAGAAUCAGAUAGUACUCGGAUCAGUGGCAGCUUCCUAUUCCCUCGCUUAGAAUCAGAUAGUACUCGGAUCAGUGGCAGUUUCCCAUUCCCUCGCUUAUAAUCAGACAGUACUCGGAUCAGUGGCAGCUUCCCAUUCCCUUGCUUAUAAUCAGACAGUACUCAGAUCAGUGGCAGCUUCCCAUUCCCUCGCUUAUAAUCAGAUAGUACUCGGAUCAGUGGCAGUUUCCCAUUCCCUCGCUUAUAAUCAGACAGUGCUCGGAUCAGUGGAAGCUUCCCAUUCCCUUGCUUAUAAUCAGACAGUACUCAGAUCAGUAGAAGCUUCCCAUUCCCUUGCUUAUAAUCAGACAGUACUCGGAUCAGUGGCAGCUUCCCAUUCCCUCACUUAUAAUCAGACAGUACUCAGAUCAGUGGCAGCUUCCCAUUCCCUCGCUUAUAAUCAGACAGUGCUCGGAUCAGUGGCAGCUUCCCAUUCCCUCGCUUAUAAUCAGACAGUACUCUGAUCAGUGGCAGCUUCCCAUUCCCUUGCUUAUAAUCAGACAGUACUCGGAUCAGUGGCAGCUUCCUAUUCCCUCGCUUAGAAUCAGAUAGUAUUCGGAUCAGUGGCAGCUUCCUAUUCCCUCGCUUAUAAUCAGACAGUACUCGGAUCAGUGGCAGCUUCCCAUUCCCUCGCUUAUAAUCAGACAGUACUCGGAUCAAUGGCAGCUUCCCAUUCCCUCGCUUAUAAUCAGACAGUACUCUGAUCAGUGGCAGCUUCCCAUUCCCUCGCUUAUAAUCAGACAGUACUCGGAUCAGUGGCAACUUCCCAUUCCCUCGCUUAUAAUCAGACAGUACUCGGAUCAGUGGCAGUUUCCCAUUCCCUCGCUUAUAAUCAGACAGUGCUCGGAUCAGUGGCAGCUUCCCAUUCCCUCGCUUAUAAUCAGACAGUACUCAGAUCAGUGGCAACUUCCCAUUCCCUCGCUUAUAAUCAGACAGUACUCAGAUCAGUGGCAGCUUCCCAUUCCCUCGCUUAUAAUCAGAUAGUACUCGGGUCAGUGGCAGCUUCCCAUUCCCUCGCUUAUAAUCAGACAGUGCUCGGAUCAGUGGCAGCUUCCCAUUCCCUCGCUUAUAAUCAGAUAGUACUCGGAUCAGUGGCAGUUUCCCAUUCCCUCGCUUAUAAUCAGACAGUGCUCGGAUCAGUGGCAGCUUCCCAUUCCCUCGCUUAUAAUCAGAUAGUACUCGGAUCAGUGGCAGCUUCCCAUUCCCUCGCUUAUAAUCAGACAGUGCUCGGAUCAGUGGCAGCUUCCCAUUCCCUUGCUUAUAAUCAGACAAUACUCGGAUCAGUGGCAGCUUCCUAUUCCCUCGCUUAGAAUCAGAUAGUACUCGGAUCAGUGGCAGCUUCCUAUUCCCUCGCUUAGAAUCAGAUAGUACUCGGAUCAGUGGCAACUUCCCAUUCCCUCGCUUAUAAUCAGACAGUACUCGGAUCAGUGGCAGCUUCCCAUUCCCUCACUUAUAAUCAAACAGUACUCAGAUCAGUGGCAGCUUCCCAUUCCCUCGCUUAUAAUCAGACAGCACCCGGAUCAGUGGCAGUUUCCCAUUCCCUCGCUUAUAAUCAGACAGUACUCUGAUCAGUGGCAGAUCAGUGGAAGCUUCCCAUUGCCUUGCUUAUAAUCAGACAGUACUCAGAUCAGUGGCAGCUUCCCAUUCCCUCGCUUAUAAUCAAACAGUACUCAGAUCAGUGGCAGCUUCCCAUUCCCUCGCUUAUAAUCAGACAGUGCUCGGAUCAGUGGCAGCUUCCCAUUCCCUCGCUUAUAAUCAGACAGUACUCUGAUCAGUGGCAGCUUCCCAUUCCCUUGCUUAUAAUCAGACAGUACUCGGAUCAGUGGCAGCUUCCUAUUCCCUCGCUUAGAAUCAGAUAGUAUUCGGAUCAGUGGCAGCUUCCUAUUCCCUCGCUUAGAAUCAGAUAGUACUCGGAUCAGUGGCAGUUUCCCAUUCCCUCGCUUAUAAUCAGACAGUACUCGGAUCAGUGGCAGCUUCCCAUUCCCUUGCUUAUAAUCAGACAGUACUCAGAUCAGUGGCAACUUCCCAUUCCCUCGCUUAUAAUCAGACAGUACUCAGAUCAGUGGCAGCUUCCCAUUCCCUCGCUUAUAAUCAGAUAGUACUCGGAUCAGUGGCAGUUUCCCAUUCCCUCGCUUAUAAUCAGACAGUACUUGGAUCAGUGGCAGCUUCCCAUUCCCUCACUUGUAAUCAGACAGUACUCGGAUCAGUGGCAGCUUCCCAUUCCCUCGCUUAUAAUCAGACAGUACUCGGAUCAGUGGCAGCUUCCCAUUCCCUCGCUUAUAAUCAGACAGUACUCUGAUCAGUGGCAGCUUCCCAUUCCCUCGCUUAUAAUCAGACAGUACUCGGAUCAGUGGCAACUUCCCAUUCCCUCGCUUAUAAUCAGACAGUACUCGGAUCAGUGGCAGUUUCCCAUUCCCUCGCUUAUAAUCAGACAGUGCUCGGAUCAGUGGCAGCUUCCCAUUCCCUCGCUUAUAAUCAGACAGUACUCAGAUCAGUGGCAACUUCCCAUUCCCUCGCUUAUAAUCAGACAGUACUCAGAUCAGUGGCAGCUUCCCAUUCCCUCGCUUAUAAUCAGAUAGUACUCGGGUCAGUGGCAGCUUCCCAUUCCCUCGCUUAUAAUCAGACAGCUGAUCUCGGAUCAGUGGAUCAGCUUCCCAUUCCCUCGCUUAUAAUCAGAUAGUACUCGGAUCAGUGGCAGUUUCCCAUUCCCUCGCUUAUAAUCAGACAGUGCUCGGAUCAGUGGCAGCUUCCCAUUCCCUCGCUUAUAAUCAGAUAGUACUCGGAUCAGUGGCAGCUUCCCAUUCCCUCGCUUAUAAUCAGACAGUACUCAGAUCAGUGGCAGCUUCCCAUUCCCUCGCUUAUAAUCAGAUAGUACUCGGAUCAGUGGCAGUUUCCCAUUCCCUCGCUUAUAAUCAGACAGUGCUCGGAUCAGUGGAAGCUUCCCAUUGCCUUGCUUAUAAUCAGACAGUACUCAGAUCAGUGGCAGCUUCCCAUUCCCUCGCUUAUAAUCAAACAGUACUCAGAUCAGUGGCAGCUUCCCAUUCCCUCGCUUAUAAUCAGACAGUGCUCGGAUCAGUGGCAGCUUCCCAUUCCCUCGCUUAUAAUCAGACAGUACUCUGAUCAGUGGCAGCUUCCCAUUCCCUUGCUUAUAAUCAGACAGUACUCGGAUCAGUGGCAGCUUCCUAUUCCCUCGCUUAGAAUCAGAUAGAUACUCGGAUCAGUGGCAGCUUCCUAUUCCCUCGCUUAGAAUCAGAUAGUACUCGGAUCAGUGGCAGUUUCCCAUUCCCUCGCUUAUAAUCAGACAGUACUCGGAUCAGUGGCAGCUUCCCAUUCCCUUGCUUAUAAUCAGACAGUACUCAGAUCAGUGGCAACUUCCCAUUCCCUCGCUUAUAAUCAGACAGUACUCAGAUCAGUGGCAGCUUCCCAUUCCCUCGCUUAUAAUCAGAUAGUACUCGGAUCAGUGGCAGUUUCCCAUUCCCUCGCUUAUAAUCAGACAGUACUUGGAUCAGUGGCAGCUUCCCAUUCCCUCGCUUGUAAUCAGACAGUACUCGGAUCAGUGGCAGCUUCCCAUUCCCUCGCUUAUAAUCAGACAGUACUCGGAUCAAUGGCAGCUUCCCAUUCCCUCGCUUAUAAUCAGACAGUACUCUGAUCAGUGGCAGCUUCCCAUUCCCUCGCUUAUAAUCAGACAGUACUCGGAUCAGUGGCAACUUCCCAUUCCCUCGCUUAUAAUCAGACAGUACUCGGAUCAGUGGCAGUUUCCCAUUCCCUCGCUUAUAAUCAGACAGUACUCGGAUCAGUGGCAGCUUCCCAUUCCCUUGCUUAUAAUCAGACAGUACUCAGAUCAGUGGCAACUUCCCAUUCCCUCGCUUAUAAUCAGACAGUACUCAGAUCAGUGGCAGCUUCCCAUUCCCUCGCUUAUAAUCAGACAGUACUCGGGUCAGUGGCAGCUUCCCAUUCCCUCGCUUAUAAUCAGACAGUGCUCGGAUCAGUGGCAGCUUCCCAUUCCCUCGCUUAUAAUCAGAUAGUACUCGGAUCAGUGGCAGUUUCCCAUUCCCUCGCUUAUAAUCAGACAGUGCUCGGAUCAGUGGCAGCUUCCCAUUCCCUCGCUUAUAAUCAGAUAGUACUCGGAUCAGUGGCAGCUUCCCAUUCCCUCGCUUAUAAUCAGACAGUGCUCGGAUCAGUGGCAGCUUCCCAUUCCCUCGCUUAUAAUCAGAUAGUACUCGGAUCAGUGGCAGUUUUCCAUUCCCUCGCUUAUAAUCAGAUAGUACUCGGAUCAGUGGAAGCUUCCCAUUCCCUCGCCUAUAAUCAAACAGUACUCAGAUCAGUGGCAACUUCCCAUUCCCACAGCUCUGUUUUUAUCUACUCAAGGAAUAAUAAUUUAUAAAAUGAGAUAUAAAGUAUAUUUUUAGGGAUCGGGAAUAUACAGCCAUUACUUCUUUUUUUCUUUUCAACAAACUACUUGAGACUCACAAAACUGCCCACAGGCUCCUAUACAAAGCACAGAGAGAGCACCCCAUGCUGCCGAUGGUUAACGCAACCAAAGCCGCUUUCUGAUACAACCACACAUGCAGAUUCAAAGUCCCAUUCUAAUAAAAGACUCCACUGCAGCCAAGAGCCAUAAUGGUACAUCCAUUAUGGUGUAUCCAUCCUGAUACAGCCGAGUCCCAACCUGAUACAGCCCAGUCCCAUUCUGAUACAACCGAGUCCCAUCCUGACACAGCCCAGCCCAACUCUGAUACAGCCCAGUCCCACUCUGACACAGCCCAGCCCAACUCUGAUACAGCCCAGUCCCACACUGACACAGCCCAGCCCAGCCCAGCCCAACUCUGAUACAGCCCAGCCCAACUCUGAUACAGCCCAGCCCAACUCUGACACAGCCCAGCCCAGCCCAACUCUGAUACAGCCCAGUCCCAUUCUGAUACAGCCCAGUCCCAGUCCUCACUCUGAUACAGCCCAGUCCCAUUGUGAUACAGCCCAGUCCCACUCUGAUACAGCCCAGUCCCACUCUGAUACAGCCCAGUCCCACUCUGAUACAGCCCAGUCCCAUCCUGACACAGCCCAGUCCCACUCUGAUACAGCCCAGUCCCAUCCUGAUACAGCCCAGUCCCAUCCUGAUACAGCCCAGUCCCACUCUGAUACAGCCCAGUCCGAUGCUGAUACAGCCCAGUCCCAUUCUGAUACAGCCCAGUCCCACUCUGAUACAGCCCAGUCCCAUUCUAAUACAGCCCAGUCCCACUCUGAUACAGCCCAGUCCCACUCUGAUACAGCCCAGUCCGAUGCUGAUACAGCCCAGUCCCAUUCUAAUACAGCCCAGUCCCACUCUGAUACAGCCCAGUCCAAUGCUGACAUAGUGAAUCUAUGUAAUUUUCUGCAGUAAUCAAUAAUCUAUGUGAUAUUAUUUUGUCUAAACAUUCCAAGUGCAGCUUAAAAUCAUUUCCGCUGUAAUUGUCACUUAGUAGAGACUCAGCAACCUGUCUCUCCGGUUCACACAGACGGAUUAUCUGCAACAGUCUAGUCCAGGGGUAGGCAACCUUUUAGCAGCACUGUGCCGAUAUAGGAUGGUGAUGUCCCGUAGCGUGCCGGUCCUAUUUUUUUAAAUUGAGGUGUGUAUGCUGCCGUAUUCUACUUGUUAUUUAUACUGUAAUUGCUUUGUAUCGUUGUAUUUGUGCGUAUAUGAGCUAUUAUAUUGUAUACACACAGGGCCGGCCUUAGGUGAUCAGACGCCCUGUGCGAGCCCAACAUAUGGCGCCCCCCCCCUUCAGCAAAACCUCUGCCCCUUCUACAAUAGCCCUGUUCCGCCUUCUACAAAACCCUUCCACAAACCCCAGCCCCCCUUUCUACAAAAACCCUGCCCCCCUUUUUACAAAACCCCUGCCCCCUCUACAAAACCCCUGCUCCCCCUUUAAUAAAACCCCUGCCCACCCUUCUAUAAUUUUUUUCUCCCCCUUUAACAAAACACAUGCUAUCAUUAUAUAUAUCAACUAUACAGCAAUGUUCACAUAAUAUCACUAAAAACCUUCCCCCUCCACCAAAACCACUGCCACCCUCUACAAAAGUCCUGCACUCAUUCUACAUAAACCUCUGCUCCCCUUCUACAAAACCCCUGCUCCCCUUAUACUAGCCCCUGCUCCCCUUCAACUAAACCCCUGCUCCCUUAUACUAAACCCCUGCCCCCCUUAUACUAAACCCCUGCUCCCCUUAUACUAAACCCCUGCCCCCUUAUACUAAGCCCCUGCUCCCCUUAUACUAAACUCCUGCCCCCCUUAUACUAAAGUCCUGCCCUGUUAUACUAAACCCCUGCCCCCCUUAUAUUAAAGUCCUGCCUCCCCUUAUACUAAACCCCUGCUCCCCUUAUACUAAACCCCUGCCCCCUUAUACUAAACUCCUGCCCCCUUAUACUAAACCCCUGCCCCCUUCUACUAAACCCCUGCUCCCCUUCUACUAAACCCCUGCUCCCCUUAUACUAAACUCCUGCCCCCUUUACAAACCCCCUGGUCCCCCUUCAACAAAACCCAUGCCCCCUCCACAAAAUCCUUUCCCCUGCCACUUCACCAGAAAUGCCUGCCCCCUCUUCUACAAAACCUCUCCUCUACACCUAAACCCCUACCCCCUUUUUUACAAAACCUCUAACCCCUUCUAUAAAACCUCUGCUCCUCCCUAAACCAACCCACCUUCUACAAAACCCCUUCCCCAAAAUCCCAGCGAGAAAACCUCUGCUCCCCCUUCUGCAAACCCCCACACACACACACCCAAAAACAACAAUCUAUUUAAUUUUUUUUUUUUUUUUAAAAAGCAAUAGUUACAACAAGAAUGAGCAGACUCACACUGAAGCUUGCUGCUCCCUGGACCCUCCUGACAGUGUCCCAGUCUGCCGACCUUGAUACCAGCACUGACCUCCUCCCUCACACUCACUGUGCGGAUCCUUCCGCGGAUGACUGUGGAGGCGGAGCACGCUCUUCCUCCGUGCUCCUGACCUCCUCUCUCUCCUGGCCGCUGCACUCUUCAUAAUUUGCAAGUCAAGUGCGCAGCACAAUGCACUUGACUUGCUCUGCACAUGACUCGGGCCGGCAUGUGAGUGACUGAGUGCGAGCUGUGUCGGCCGCCUGGCGCCCCUGUUGCCAUGGCGCCCUGUGCGGCCGCACAGCUCGCACACCCCUAAGGCCGGCCCUGUAUACACAUGAAUGUGGGCUGUGUACGAGGGCUGCUUGUGGAAUUGUGUGUGGAUGGAUAUGUCACAUUGUGUGUUUGGUAGUGGGGGCUGUUUGGGGUAUUGCAUGUGAGAGGCUGCAUGUGGGAAUGUGUGCAUGUAUGUGGAUUGUUAGUGGUGUUGCGUUUGUGGGGAUUAUGUAUUUGUUUCUUUGUGGGCUGUUCGUAUUAUUUGUAUGCAGGUCUGUGUAUAUCUAGCAGUGUGGGUGGCUUCCCUGGGUUCCAGUGGGGACCAGGCUGGCCAGGUACAGGUCAAGGACAGGAGCUGCAACAACAACUGCGAGCUUCUCUAAUACUGUGUGGAUUCCCAUUCACAAGUGCUGGGAGGAACUGAUCCUUGUGCUGCAAUGCAUAAAUUGAGGAUUUUCCUUCACCACCUUUUCGGAUAAGCAGAUAUCUGAAGUUUCACUGAGACUCCUGAUAGGCCAGAGCCUGUUUGGCUCUAGCAGCCUUGAGUGCCGUGCAAAGACACCUCGAGUGCCGUAGGUUGCCUAUCCCUGGUCUAGGAAACAACAUUGUUUCGUUACUUUAGACCUAAAUAUGGCACAACCGUCUCGUCAAUUAGUUUUACAAAAACAAGAUAUCUUGGUAUUUCUAUUAGAAGAAAUUCCAAUCAGGUUUUUCAGUUUAUUUCACGGCACAUUACGAAUAGUCUGAGCUAGACUGUCACAGAUCUCUCUAUGUCACAGAUCGACACAGCUUACGUUUACACUAAUAUUCACACUUCAUUUGGACCAUAGGCGUUUAUUAUCUCCCUAAUCGCUAUGUAGCCCUGUUUCUAUCUAGCUAUGGAUUUAUAUAGUGUAUAAACAGAGCAAGUACUGCUUCUAUCUAUGGAUUUAUAUAGUGUAUAAACAGAGCGAGCCCUGCUUCUAUCUAUCUAUGGAUUUAUAUAGUGUAUAGACAGAGCGAGCCCUGCUUCUAUCUAUCUAUGGAUUUAUAUAGUGUAUAAACAGAGCGAGCCCUGCUUCUAUCUAUCUAUGGAUUUAUAUAGUGUAUAAACAGAGCGAAGCCCUGCUUCUAUCUAUCUAUGGAUUUAUAUAGUGUAUAAACAGAGCGACCCUGCUUCUAUCUAUCUAUGGAUUUAUAUAGUGUAUAAACAGAGCAAACCCUGCUUCUAUCUAUCUAUGGAUUUAUAUAGUGUAUAAACAGAGCGAGCCCUGCUUCUAUCUAUCUAUGGAUUUAUAUAGUGUAUAAACAGAGCGAGCCCUGCUUCUAUCUAUCUAUGGAUUUAUAUAAUGUAUAAACAGAGCGAGCCCUGCUUCUAUCUAUCUAUGGAUUUAUAUAGUGUAUAAACAGAGCGAGCCCUGCUUCUAUCUAUCUAUGGAUUUAUAUAGUGUAUAAACAGAGCGAGCCCUGCUUCUAUCUAUCUAUGGAUUUAUAUAGUGUAUAAACAGAGCGAGCCCUGCUUCUAUCUAUCUAUGGAUUUAUAUAGUGUAUAAACAGAGCGAGCCCUGUUUCUAUCUAUCUAUCUAUGGAUUUAUAUAGUGUAUAAACAGAGCGAGUCCUGCUUCUAUCUAUCUAUGGAUUUAUAUAGUGUAUAAACAGAGCGAGUCCUGCUUCCAUCUAUCUAUGGAUUUAUAUAGUGUAUAAACAGAGCGAGUCCUGCUUCUAUCUAUCUAUGGAUUUAUAUAGUGUAUAAACAGAGCGAGUCCUGCUUCUAUCUAUCUAUGGAUUUAUAUAGUGUAUAAACAGAGCGAGCCCUGCUUCUAUCUAUCUAGAGUGUAUGAGCCCUGCUUCUAUCUAUGGAUUUAUAUAGUGUAUAAACAGAGAGCGAGCCCUGCUUCUAUCUAUCUAUGGAUUUAUAUAGUGUAUAAACAGAGCGAGCCCUGCUUCUAUCUAUCUAUGGAUUUAUAUAGUGUAUAAACAGAGCGAGCCCUGCUUCCAUCUAUCUAUGGAUUUAUAUAGUGUAUAAACAGAGCGAGCCCUGCUUCUAUCUAUCUAUGGAUUUAUAUAGUGUAUAAACAGAGCGAGCCCUGCUUCUAUCUAUCUAUGGAUUUAUAUAGUGUAUAAACAGAGCGAGCCCUGCUUCUAUCUAUCUAUGGAUUUAUAUAGUGUAUAAACAGAGCGAGCCCUGCUUCUAUCUAUCUAUGGAUUUAUAUAGUGUAUAAACAGAGCGAGCCCUGCUUCUAUCUAUCUAUGGAUUUAUAUAGUGUAUAAACAGAGCGAGCCCUGCUUCUAUCUAUCUAUGGAUUUAUAUAGUGUAUAAACAGAGCGAGCCCUGCUUCUAUCUAUCUAUGGAUUUAUAUAGUGUAUAAACAGAGCGAGCCCUGCUUCUAUCUAUAGCUUUAUAUAUAGUGUAUAAACAGAGCGAGCCCUGCUUCUAUCUAUGGAUUUAUAUAGUGUAUAAACAGAGCGAGCCCUGCUUCUAUCUAUCUAUGGAUUUAUAUAGUGUAUAAACAGAGCGAGUCCUGCUUCUAUCUAUCUAUGGAUUUAUAUAGUGUAUAAACAGAGCGAGUCCUGCUUCUAUCUAGCUAUGGAUUUAUAUAGUGUAUAAACAAAGCGAGCCCUGCUUCUAUCUAUCUAUGGAUUUAUAUAGUGUAUAAACAGAGCGAGCCCUGCUUCUAUCUAUGGAUUUAUAUAGUGUAUAAACAGAGCAAGUCCUGCUUCUAUCUAUGGAUUUAUAUAGUGUAUAAACAGAGCAAGCCCUGCUUCUAUCUAUGGAUUUAUAUAGUGUAUAAACAGAGCGAGUCCUGCUUCUAUCUAUCUAUGGAUUUAUAUAGUGUAUAAACAGAGCGAGCCCUGCUUCUAUCUAUCUAUGGAUUUAUAUAGUGUAUAAACAGAGCGAGCCCUGCUUCUAUCUAUCUAUGGAUUUAUAUAGUGUAUAAACAGAGCGAGCCCUGCUUCUAUCUAUCUAUGGCUUUAUAUAGUGUAUAAACAGAGCGAGCCCUGCUUCUAUCUAUCUAUGGAUUUAUAUAGUGUAUAAACAGAGCGAGCCCUGCUUCUAUCCAUCUAUGGAUUUAUAUAGUGUAUAAACAGAGCAAGCCCUGCUUCUAUCUAUCUAUGGAUUUAUAUAGUGUAUAAACAGAGCGAGCCCUGCUUCUAUCUAUCUAUGGAUUUAUAUAGUGUAUAAACAGAGCGAGCCCUGCUUCUAUCUAUCUAUGGAUUUAUAUAUUAGACAGCAGCAGCCCUGUAUAUCAGUUUGUCCUUCCUGACUGACUGUUUCAUCUUUUCAAACACUAAACAUGUUAAAUUCUCUGACAUUUGCCUAUUGUGUUUAUUUAUUUAACUAGAAUCAUAGAAUUUUCAGAGAACUCCCCCCAGAGACAGAACGUUUAAAGAGAAAGCUGCUUAUUAAAAUAAUGAGAUGAAUUUUGUCGUUUUGACGGAUGCUGUGCAGCAAUAUGCUGUUUGGCCUCCAUCAUCGCGCUGCAGUGAGUCACCCACCUACACAUUGCAAGCUGUAAAGUGACCUCAGUGGGUGGGAGUUUCCAUUAGUCAGAGCAUUGCUACUGAUAGGAUGACGCUUUCAUUAAAGGACCACUAUAGGCACCUAGACCACUUCAGCUUAAUGAAGUGGUCUGGGUGGCAGGUCCAGCUAGGUUUAACCCUUUUUUCUAUAAACAUAGCAGUUUCAGAGAAACUGCUAUGUUUAUAAUAGGGUUAAUCCAGCCUCUAGUGGCUGUCUCAUUGACAGCCGCUAGAGGCGCUGAUUUUCACAGUGAGAAGACCCCAGCAUCCAUAGGAAAGCAUUGUGAAUGCUUUCCUAUGGACUGGCUGAAUGAGCGCAUGGCUCUUGUCGCACAAGCGCGUUCAGGCGAGGAGGAGGAGAGUUCCCUACCUGGCGCUGGAGAAAAAGGUACAUUUAACCCCUUCCACCCCCUAGAGCCCGGCGGGAGGGGGCCGUGAGGGUGGGGGCACCCUCAGGGCACUAUAAUGCCAGGAAAACGAGUAUGUUUUCCUGGCACUAUAGUGGUCCUUUAAAGGAAAACUGGGACCGCUUCUUGGGCCCGAUUCUAUUUAACAUAUUUAUAAGCGAUCUUGAAAUAUGCAUUGAAAGCCAUGUUUCAGUGUUUGCAGAUGCCACAAAACUCUGUAAAGUAAUAAAAUGUGAGCAGGAUAUUGCUUUGCUCCAGAGGGAUUUGAAUAGAUUGGGGGACUGGGCACUAAAAUGGCAGAUGAAAUUUAACGUAGAGAAAUGCAAAGUUCGGGGUCAAGAAUGCACAAGCAAUUUACACCCUAAAUGGUAGUGAAUUAGGGAUAACCACACACGAGAAGCAUUUGGGAAUUGUUAUAGACAACAAAUUAGGCAGCAAUAUGCAAUGUCAAUCUGCAGUUGCUAAGGCCAGUAAGGUUUUGUCAUGUAUAAACAGGGGAUAAAUUCUCGGGAUGAAAAUUUUAUUUUGCCUCUUUAUAAAUCACUGGUAAAACCACACCUUGAAAAUGCUGUGCAAUUUAGGACACCUGUUCUGAAGAAGGAUAUCAUUAGAAAAAGUGCAGAGACGAGCUACAAAAUUAAUAAAAGGAAUGGAGCACUUUAGUUCCGAAGAAAGGUUGAAAAUGUAAAUCUCUUUAGUUUGGAAAAACGGCGCCUCAGAGGGGAUAUGAUAACAUUAUACAAAUAUAUUCGGGGCCACUACAAGACAUUAUCUGUAAAUCUAUUCAUAAACAGGGCUAUACAUAGGACAAGAGGUCACACAUUUAGGCUGGAAGAAAGGAGAUUUCAUCUAAGGCAAAGAAAAGUUUUUUUACAGUAAGAGCAAUACGGAUAUGGAAUUCUCUGCCUGAAGAGGUGGUUUUAUCAGAGUCCAUACGGAUGUUUAAACUGCAAUUGGAUACAUACUUACAAAAACAUAACAUACAUGGAUAUAAUUUCUAAUUAAUGGGGUAUUAGCUGCUUGAUCCAAGGAGACAUAGGACUGCUAUUUUGGGGUCAAGAAGGAUUUUUUUCCUAGUUUGUGGCAAAAUUGGAAGCGCUUUAGACUAGGUUUUUUGCCUUCUUUUGGAUCAACAACAAAAACAUAUGUAAGGAAGGCUGCACUUGAUGCAAGUCUCUUUUCAGCUAUCUACGUAAUUAUGUAACUGUGUAAUGUUAGAAAUGCAAAGAUGUACUCCUAAUAUCCUGGCCAACCCCCUGGCCAUGAAAGAUUUAAAAAAAACUUUGUCACUCUCCUUACGCCAGUGCCAAUGUCCUUCGGCGUUGGGUCGCACUGCUCCUCCGUAAGGCUAUGGGGGUAUGUAAUGUGCUUGUGAGGUGAGCACCACACAUGCAAUAAGCCCUCUCCAAUAACAAAGCACUGAAUCAAUGCUUUUCUAUGUGGUUUUAUAAGACAUGGGGAUUUUAACAAAGUUAAACUUUGCGAAAGGCUAGGAAGUACCUCUAGUGGCUAUCUGUUAACAUUGCAGUUUCUCUAAAACAGUUUUACAUUGCAGGGUUAGGAGGGACAGGAGCACUGCACCCAGGCCACUUCAAUGAGAUGACGUGGUCUGGGUGCCUAUAUUGUGUCCCUUUAACAUAGCAUUUAGCAUAAGGAAAUAAAGUCCUGCCUAUCCUCGACUUCAGUGCUAUUUAUCACUCUGCAGCGACACUAAAUAUCUGCCAGUGCUCCAGUCUGGUCCCCAGAAUUUUAGACACUCCAUAGUUACAAAUAGCUGGAACUGAGAAGGGAGGGUGCAGCCAACAGUGCUCUGUAUUGUUACAUGAUGUAAGAGCUCACAAAAUACCUCCAUUCAGAUAUUUCUUUACAUCCUGCUUCCAUUUCUAGGAAUCUCCAUUCCCAGGUUCCUUACAAAUAAACAUAAGCUGGGUAGUUGCUCAUUAAUUUAUGUUUCUGGUUAUACUUACUGUAUAAACCAUAAAUGUUAAUAUUUCAGGUAGUGACUGGUGUAUGCAGUAAGUUUGUUCCCAUACCUUUCUGCUAGCUGUGCAUCCCAUAUUUCAAACAAACGUCAUGCUAAUUUUUUUAUUUCAUUUUUAGGAACCUGGUAGUGUAGGGGUUAGUAACUGAGAGUUCACGGCUAUUUUUUUUGUACAGCUCUGCAGCCCAGGAUGUCGGAGAUCCAGCUCAGAUAUGAGUCACGAAGCCGGGGAGACUGGAAAGACUCCACGUGGGUGUCGCUUGCGGCCUCAUUUCAGUGACCCCAUGCCCACGGACGCAGUGAAGAGAAAGCAGCUGGAACUAAAAAUCGCCGCCGCUGCCCGGCACCACGCUCAGCGGAGGAGGCAGGACAGAGAAAACGGUACCAACUGCCAUUAUUUCGCUCACUGAGAUAGGAUCAGUACAGCUUUCUAACUGAAACGGUUAUAUUAAAGCAUUAAAUAAAGUCUUGUAUAAAAGCCAUUGACAAGAACAAAUUGUAGAUAGAGUAAUACAACGCACAGACAGGACUCUCAGGUUUUAACAACUAAACCACUUAAAAACUCUGCUCCCCUCCCACCAUCCCCCCAAACCAGCGCUUGUAGUGGAGUAUAUUAUUAUAAUAAGUAUAUAAUAGGUAGUUAUAACUACCCACAUAUCCUGAACCAGCCAAUCCAUAAAUCAAAUCAAUAAAUCAAACAACUCUCAACCCAGAAAGAAGGUGUUAAACAGACCCUACCUGACGUUUUUCCAGCCUACAUGUACACUACAUGCACCUGUGUAUACUAGUCGUAUUAUGGGCCGACACUAGGGCUUUAACCUAGGCCUAUUAUUGUCAUUCGUGACCUCAGAUCAUACCCUGAAAAAAAAAAAAAAAAAGUGCACGUGACAAAAAUAAAUGCUAUAUGCUAAAAAUACAUAUAAAGUGCAGUGUGAAAUGUUAAAUAUAUUAAAAUAAUCCAGGAGUACUCCUCACGGCCUACGAACAGCUAAAAAAUAAUACGGCAGAAAGGAUCUAGAGCAGGGGUGGGAACCUUCAGCCCUCCAGAUAUUUUGGACUUCAUCUCCCUUGAUGCUUUGCCAGCAUUAUGGCUGUAAGCAUUAUGGGAAAUGUAGUCCAAAACAUCAGGAGGGCCAAAAGUUCCCCACCCCUGAUCUAGUGCCUUGAGAGUCUUCCCUGAAUAUUAACAACGCAUUCUCAGAGAAACUCUGCCUCUGCGAGUCCAAGAUAGCCGCCAGAAAUAAAUGUGAUCGGCUGAGAUGUCUACCACAGCCCCAGCCAUUUCCUGUGGAUGUUUUUUCAUAGUUUAUCCUGAGUCAAGUGAAAUAAAUUCCCCUGUACAUCAUCUAGCCAUCUGGAGAGAACAAUAAGUGGUUAAGAUUAAGGGCCCUAUCAGGGAUUUCAUUUAUUAAAUUAUCCACCUUGUCAGGUGGGAAAUGGAUUGACCAAGCUAAUCUCAUGAUGUAAAUAGGAGUCCAUGUCAGAAAAAGUUAGGAACCCCAUUCUAAGAGAAGACAAUGCAAUAAACUGAGGGAUUAUAGAUACAUGAAUUAUUAUUUACAUAGUGUGAUUUUUUCAAGUAAAUCCUCUUUGUUUGCCCAGGGCCGGUGCUGUUGAAGGCCAACACGACCACUUCUUGCAGCUCAGGGACUAACGCCCCUUAUACCACCGGACACUGUAACCAGUCUCGGCAUCGCUGGAGCAACAUUAGCAGCCUGAGCACCGACAGCGGGAUAGUUGGUGUCAACGAUGAUAGAGAUGACUGUGAGGGUAACAGAAGCAGGGCUGCCAAACCAGGGGAGGUAGAAAGAGUGGACAGUGGCAUUGGGGAUGCAAUGUCUAGGAAGUGGAGAGCAAGGGUGGCAGAAGCUGCAGCUUCCUUGGAGGCAUGGAAGGCUCAUCGGCCUUGUACUGAUUGUGGGGAAAGAGAUUCAGCCAUGGAUAUAGAAGUUCGAGGGAAGAGACAGGACACUUUGUGUAUAAAAUGUGUAAUGCGCAGGACUGAGCGCAAGGAGGCAGUUAUGGAGUUUGUAAACACAGAGUCCAGCUACGGGGACGAUAUAAGGAUUAUAAAGGAGGAAUUUUACAUCCCCAUGCAGACAGCAGGACUUCUAACUCCUGAACAGCUGCUGGUUGUCUUCAGCAACAUCCAGGAGCUCAUUGACCUCAACGGGAAGUUUCUGGAGGUCCUACAAGAGGAAAUCGACCAAGCGUUCGACCAGGUAAAUAAGGAAUCCUUCAUGGCUGGCACUAGGGAAUUCUGAAUCUGGGUGUGAAAUCCCAUGUGCUCUAGUUUAUUAAAGGACACCUAUAGGCACCCAGACCACUUCAGCUUAAUGAAGUGGUCUGGGUGCCAGGUCCAGCUAGGAUUAACCCUUUCUUCUAUAAAUAUAGCAGUUUCAGAGAAAUUGCUAUGUUUAUCUAUGGGUUAAUCCAGCCUCUAGUGGCUGUCUCAUUGACAGCCGCUAGAGGCGCUUCCGCGCUUCUCACUGUGAUUUUCAGUGAGAAGACGCCAGUGUCCAUAGGAAAGCAUUGAGAAUGCUUUCCUAUGGACUGGGUGAAUGCGCGGGUGGCUCCGGCCGCGCAUGCGCAUCCAGCCGAUGACGUCGCUAUGGAGGAGGAGAGUCCCCCGCCCGGCGCUGGAGAAUGAGGUAAGUUUAACCCCUUCCUCCCCCUAGAGCCCGGCAGGAGGGGGUCCCUGAGGGUGGGGGCACCCUCAAGGCACUAGAGUGCCAGGAAAACGAAUAUGUUUUCCUGGCACUAUAGUGGUCCUUUAAAGACAAAUGUUAGUUUGACAUUAACAUGCAGAAAACUCUAACGUAAACAGAAUAGAAAGUUCAGAAAAACUGCUCCCAGUCCAUAGUGAUGCUCAUUUGUAUUCACUUAACUAAUACCCACUGCCUAUUUAUGCUCAUUUUGUCGCUUUCUCUCAUUUUGGCGAAUUCAAACUGAAUUUUAAAUUUCAGGUCAAAGUAGCAGAAAAAUAAAAUAAUAAUAUUUGAAAUGAACUUUAAAUUCACCUUAGUAAAUAACCCUGUUAACUUUAUUAAAAGUGUCAAACCCAGGCCAGUAUAUGUCAGGAUGGAAGCCGUGUGAAACCCAGGCCGGUAUAUGUCAGGAUGGAAGCUGUGUGAAACCCAGGCCGGUAUAUGUCAGCAUGGAAGCUGUGUGAAACCCUGGCCAGUAUAAGUCAGGAUGGAAGCUGUGUGAAACCCAGGCCUGUAUAUGUCAGGAUGGAAGCGGUGUGAAACCCCGGCUGGUAUAUAUCAGGAUGGGAGCGGUGUGAAACCCAGGCCAGUAUAUGGCAGCAUGGAAGCUGUGUGAAACCCAGGCCGGUAUACGUCAGGAUGGAAGCUAUGUGAAACCCAGGCUUCUAUAUGUCAGGAUGGGAGCGGUGUGAAACCAAGGCCAGUAUAUGUCAGGAUGGAAGCGGUGUGAAACCCAGGCCAGUAUAUGUCAGUAUAUGUCAGCAUGGAAGCUGUGUGAAACCCAGGCCAGUAUAUGUCCAGGCCAGUAUAUGUCAGCAGCAUGUGAAACCCAGGCCAGUAUAGGUCAGCUAUGUGAAACCCAGGCCAGUAUAUGUCAGGAUGGAAGCUGUGUGAAACCCAGGCCAGUAUAUGUCAGGAUGGAAGCUGUGUGAAACCCUGGCCAGUAUAUGUCAGCAUGGAAGCUAUGUGAAACCCAGGCCAGUAUAGGUCAGCAUGGAAGCUGUGUGAAACCCAGGCCAGUAUAUGUCAGGAUGGAAGCUGUGUGAAACCCUUGCCAGUAUAUGUCAGGAUGGGAGCUGGGAUGUCUGUACAGAUGCUGCCAUAGGAAUCAGAAGUUGUUUCCUCGGUGGGAGAUAAUACAGGGGAUUAAGACUGCAACAAAGGGAAAUAAAUAGCUUAUAUGGAAAUAUAGAAUUAACUUCCCAACUCUAAUUUCUAUUUAAAGCUGAAUUUUUCAUUUUCUAGUAAUCCGAUGUUAAAGGGCCAGCAUCAGAGAGUUAGGUGUAUUUCCUUUGUUAGGAGGAUAGAGGGUGCAACCUUUGUCAUAUUAUAUAUUGUUAGCCAGGGAGACAUUCACAAAAUAAGCGAUUGCAACAUUUAGAGGAUUAUUCACUAAAGUGUGAAUUUCAAAUUAUAGGCUGAAAUAUCCAUUUUAAACUUGUGAAAUAAUUAAUUUCCCAUAACUGUGUACCGAUGUUCUAUUAUUAGUCAUGACAUUUUUGUGUUGUCGUGUGCGCAGGGUGAUGAUGAUUCUGUCUAUAUUUGUGUUCUCGUGCGAUGAUAAUUCUAUGUCUGUAUUUGUGUCGUCAUGUGCGCAGGGCGAUGAUUCUAUGUCUGUAUUUGUGUUGUCGUGUGCGCAGGGCGAUAAUGCCAUGUCUAUUUGUGUUGUCGUGUGCGCAGGGUGAUGAUGAUGCUGUCUCUAUUUGUGAAGUCGUGUGCGCAGGGCGAUGAUGCUAUGUCUGUGUUUGUGUUGAGUGCGCAGGGUAAUAAUUCUAGUUCUGUAUUUGUGUUGUCAUGUGCGCAGGGCAUGGGCUGAAAAGAGACAUGUGUCCAUCAGGUUCAACCUUCCUCACCUCUCUUUUUUGCUGUUGAUCAAAAAAAAAUAAAAAAGGCAAAAAACCCAGUUUGAAGCACUUCCAAAUUUGCAACAAACUAGGAAAACAAUUCCCUCUUGACCCCAGAAUGGCAGUCAGAUUAAUCCUUGGAUCAAGAAGCUAUUACCCUACAGUUGAAAAAUAUCAUUGUAUAUUCUGUUUUUGCAAGUAUGCAUUGAGUUGCAGUUUAAACAUCUGCAUGCACUUGGAUAGAAUUCCAUAUCCUUAUUAUUCUUACGGUAAAAAAAAAAAAAACCUUCCCUUUGCCUUAGACAAAAACUUCUUUCUUCCAGUCUAAAAGCAUGACCUCGUGUCCUAUGUAAAGUCCGGUUUGUGAAUAGAUUUCCACACAAUGGUUUGUAUUGUCCUUGAAUAUAUUUGUAUAAUGUCAUCAUAUCCCCUCUCAGGCGAUGUUUCUCUAAACUAAAUAGGUUUAAAUUUGUUAACCUUUCUUCAUAGCUGAUAUGUUCCAUUCCUUUUAUAGCCAGUCUCUGCACUCUUUCCAGUGCCAUAAUAACUUUUGUUAGAACAGGUGCCCAAAAUUGCACAGCAUAUUCAAUAUGUGGUCUUACCAGUGAUUUAUAAAGAGGCAAAAUGAUAUUCUCGUCCCGAGAAUGAAUGCCCUUUUCAUGCAUGACAAUACCUUACUGGCCUUGGCCACUGCUGAUUGACAUUGCUGCAUAGUUUGUUGUCUAUAACAAUUCCCAAGUCCUUUUCAUGUGUUGUUAUCUCUAAUUCGCUUCCAUUAAGGGUAUACGUUGCUUGUGUAUUCUUUACGCCGAAGUGCAUAACUUUGCAUUUUUCAACAUUAAAUUUCAUCUGCCAUUUGAGUGCCCAGUCCCCCAGUCUAUCUAAAUCCCUCUGCAGAAAAGUAAUAUCUUGCUCACAUUGUAUUAGUUUACAGAGUUUUGUGUCAUCUGCAAACACGGAAACAUGACUUUUAAUGCGGUCUUCAAGAUCAUUUAUAAACAUGUUAAAUAGAAGGGGUCCCAGAACAGAACCCUGAGGGACACCACUUACCACCAGCCUGAAAAAUUUACCGUUAAUGAUAACUCUCUUGAUGCAGGCGAAGAUGAUUCUAUGUCUGUAUUUGUGUUGUCGUGUGCGCAGGGUGAUGAUGAUUCUGUCUAUAUUAAUGUUCUCGUGCACAAAGGACGAUGACUAUUCUAUGUUUGUAUUUGUGUGAACACAGGGUGAUGAAGAUUCUAUGUUUCUAUCUGUGUUGUGCGCACAGGAAGAUGAUUCUAAGUCUGUAUUUGUGUUCUUAUGUGUGCAGGGCGAUGAUUCUAUGUCUGUAUUUGUUUCGCCAAAUCUGCAGGGUGAUGAUAAUUCUAUUUUUGAAUAUGUGAUCUUGUGCACACAGGGUGGUGAUGAUUCUGUCAGUGUUUGUGUUCUGGUGCGCACAGGACGAUGAUUUUAUGUCUAUUUAAAUUCUGAUGUGCAAAUGGCCAUGAUUCUGUCUGUAUUUGUGUCAUCGUGUGCGCAGGGACAUGAUUCUAAGUCUGUAUUUGUGUUCUGUGCACAGGGAGGUGAUUCUAAGUCUGUAUUUGUGUUUUUGUGUUCACAGGGCGAUAAUUCUAUGUCUGUAUUUGUGUUGUUGCACACAGGAGCAUGAUUCUAUGUCUGUAUUUGUGUCGUCAUGCGCGCAGGGCGAUUAUUCUAGGUCUGUAUUUGUGUUCUCAUGCGCGCAGGGCGAUGAUUCUAUGUCUGUAUUUGUGUUCUUGUGCGCACAGGGCGAUGAUUCUAGGUCUGUAUUUGUGUUCUCAUGCGCGCAGGGCGAUGAUUCUAUGUCUGUAUUUGUGUUCUCAUGCGCGCAGGGCAAUGAUUCUAUGUCUGUAUUUGUGUUCUUGUGCGCACAGGGCAAUGAUCCUAUGUCUGUAUUUGUGUUCUUGUGCGCGCAGGGCAAUGAUUCUAUGUCUGUAUUUGUGUUCUUGUGCGCACAGGGCAAUGAUUCUAUGUCUGUAUUUGUGUUCUUGUGCGCGCAGGGCAAUGAUUCUAUGUCUGUAUUUGUGUUCUUGUGUACGCAGAGUGACGAUGAUUUAAUGACCGUCUGUAUUGGCGAAGUGUUUCUGGAGUUUGUCAACAUGCUGCCUUCAUUCCAGACAUACUGUCUGCAGCAAUCUGCCUCGAUAGCCAUGCUCAAUGCACUAGAGAAGGAGAAGGAACUACUGAGGUGAGCAUGGUAAUUGUGUUCGUGGUAAUGUGUGUGACAGACCAUUGGAAACAAUUCCAGCACUAUUCCUGUAAUGUAUAAAAUUAUUUUUUUCUUAUUUAUCCUUUAUUUUAAGACAAGAUCAUUAAAAUUUCUAAAAUGCUGUAUUUUCCUCAAAACAAAAUUUUAAAUAUCCAUGGCUGCUCAUUCACUGCAAGAAGUCACUUGAAAUUGUGGGAGAAUAGUGUAUUAUUGUUAAAUUUUUAUUUCCUAUUCUAGGAUAUUUUUAGAUGUGUCUCAGAAUGACAACACAGCACUGAGGCGCAUGAACCUCCGCUCCUUUCUCAUGGCUCCUUUGCAGAGGGUCACCAAGUAUCCUCUCCUGCUUAGUCGUAUCCUAAAGAGUACAACGGAGUUCCACCCAGAUCACGGCAGCCUGUGGGAGGCAAAGAGCCGUAUUGAGUCACACCUUGAACACAUCAACAUGAAGACUAAGCAGGAGGGAAAUCCAUGGACGUUGCGUUCCUUCCGCAGAGAAAGCAGGAAAAAUAAAGAACUUACCAAUAUUGAGAUAAGAGAAAUGGCCAUCAAGCAGGUAGGUUGGCCCAGAGAAGAGACGCGCUUUAUCAAGGAAGGACCUAUGCAUUUAGCACAGCCCACAGACGGCCAGUGGGUUAAGAAGGGCUGCAAGGCUCUAAAAUUUCAGAAUGUGCAGGCACUACUGAUGGCGAAGAUUCGGAGGACAUCGGAGUCCGGUCUUGAAGGAAGUGCGGACAACCAUAUUGUGAGGGAUGCUGUCUUAGUACUUAUCAAAGACAAAAACAAUGGGAAGUUUGUAAUGCUAAGGGAGCCUCUGAGGCUUGGACAAUGUGUGGUAUCCUCUGAUCCAGACUGUGAGGAGACAUUUGAACUAUUGGAGAUAAAACGUGAAGGGUUUGUGUUCCGGGAUGUUGACAGUGACACAACUCAACACUGGUUUAGGCAAAUCAAAAUCUACUCCCGAGACCUUGGAUCCUGGAAGAAACGGAGAAACGCUCUCCCUAACAUUAUGAUAAGCACAACGCAAGGCAGGCCCUGAACCUAGCAAUCACAGGACAAGAUGGGUGUAAAUCAUGACUUCUGCCCUUCUUCCACAAUGGCCAAACCCCAGCUGUGCUGAUCUCAGCACAUUUCACAUAAGACCAUGUCAGUCAGAGGCAAAUCGUGUUACCUUUUCAUGAACAAUUGACACAGAGUUCAAGAGAGAAACUAAAGCGGAGAGCCUGCAAUAUGGGCAAUGCUUUUCGCACCGUGUGGUUAUUAACGCUGUUUGUAGGUCUUUUAUCAACUAGUCUGGAUGGCGAGAAGAAAAAAAAGACAAAAACAACAAAAAGUAAGAGUACAGGAGCAAAAAAAAUUAUUAGAUAUAUAUAUAUCUCUCUAUCUCUAUCUGCUCACUGAAUUCGUUAUGGAGAGUUUGUGCUGGUUUUUUUUCUGUCUUGGUUGAGAGAUUUUAAUGAAGAAGGGGCAAUGCCAAUCAGCAGUUUCUUCAAUAAAUACCGGUCACCAAAUAAUUUAUUGUUAAUCAGAUCUGGCAUAGUUUUACAUUUCAAUCACUAACAGAACCUAUUCCCAGUCGAAUAAUAUGUCUGAAUCUAUGAGAUGUUCACUCAAACCGUAAGCAGCACGCUCCACAGAGAUCUGGCAUUAGCUUUUUGCAAAUAAAAAGUUAACUAAUGUGGGCUGUUCACAAGGAAGCAAUGAUUUACACACGUAUUUCACACAUAAAACGAAGUUUGUUGAAAAGAACUGAUAAGGGAACUUCAAAUCUUAGGUCUAAUAGCUGAAGUAGGCAGCUCUGUUAAUUUGAAAUUCCAGUCAUUUCUCCAAAAUUCAUGGUUUAGGGGAAAAAUUUAAUAUUUUCAUCACUUUUUCCAGGAUGUUUAAAUAUUGUUCAGAGUGUUCUGUAUUAACUAUCGGUGCAUAAUAGAUCCAAAUAAUCCUAUUUCUAUUCGUAAGACAGAGAAUUACUGUUCUUUUCCACAGACGUCAGGCAAAUAAAAAGAGAAGAUUUCAAGAUUUUAGAAAUAAUGCUUUCAAAUCUGUAGCAGUUUUUACACCAGUAGGAAGACUUCCAGCAGGGUAUAUUAACAAGGCAAGUCACCGCACUACACCUACAAAUAUUAAAAACACAGAUUGGCAAAGCAUUGCUCAGCCUCAGAACCCAAAAACGUUAUCUGUAUCUAGGCGACCUUCAGCGCGCCAGAUGUUGUGGACUACAUCCCCCAUAUUUCUAGCAAAGCAACAUGCAGUCCACAACAUCUGGCGUGUGUAGUAGUUAUGGUGCCAGGAGUGCACUAGUGCCAUCCCAGAACCAGGUAAAUGGUGUCACAGCUUACAAAGCUACUCCUGGAACUAUAAAUACAAAAGGGCUGUCUAGGAAUUCCAUCACAAUAUUACUGUUAUUGAUUAAAUAUAUACCUGCUAAGAGUAUGUGAGGUCAGCAGCCAAUCAGAAUUCCCCUCAUUUUACUGCGCAGGUACCAAGAAAUGAUUGUUUGAUGUGCCUGAUACGAGUGCUGUGUUGCCAAUAAAAAAUGAGCAAGGCUCUAACGAUUCACAGCCCUCAAGACUCUGGAGACCUAGUCCAGCCAAGCCAGUACAUCAGAGGUUACCCGUCCCAAUGCUACUCUCCUUUAGUUCCUAAAUUAUAAGUGACAAGUAACAGUGGUUUCACAUUCGGGAAAUAAAUCAAAUAUCCCCAAUUUUAACUCUUACAGUGUUACGUGUGUCACAUUUCAGGCAUUAGUGGCACUGGUGAAAUGGCAAUAUUACUGAAUUCCUCACACAUAAGAUAGUAAUUAUAAUCUAAUUAGAGUUUAAUAUUAGUUGCCACGUUACUUUCCAGGUCCGGCCUGCUACAGAGCAGUGAGAUGUGUAAUUCUAUUAAUUAAAGCUCAUCCUUCAUUAGCAUUCUCAGCAAGAUCAACACUUGAAGAUUAAAGAGAAACUAUAGAAAAAGUCACCUAAGAGCCUGGAAGUCCCUCUGGUGGCUGUCUGGUAGACAUCCACUCAAGGAAGAGUUAACCCUGCAAAGGUAAUUAUUGCACUUUGUUAAAAACUGCAAUAAUUACAUGCUCAGGGUUAAUGAACCUGAGACACUGCGGCCAAACCAAUUCAAUGAGCUGAAGUGAUCUGGGUGCCUAUAGUGUACCUUUAACGUAGCUGUUUAACAGCAUCCAGUGCAUUCAAUGUUCCCGGUUUGUCUCUUAAAGGACCACUCUAGGCACCCAGACCACUUCAGCUUAAUGAAGUGGUCUGGGUGCCUGGUCCAGCUAGGGUUAACUCAUUUUUUCAUAAACAUAGCAGUUUCAGAGAAACUGCUAUGUUUAUGAAUGGGUUAAGCCUUCCCCCUAAUCCUCUACCGGCUGUCUCAUUGACAGCCACUAGAGGCGCUUGCGUGCUUCUCACUGUGAUUUUCACAGUGAGAGCACGCAAGCGUCCAUAGGAAAGCAUUAUGAAUGCUUUCCUAUGUGACCGGCUGAAUGCGGGCGCAGCUCUUGCCGCGCGUGCGCAUUCAGCCCAGGAGGAGGAUCGGAGGAGGAGAGCUCCCCGCCCAGCGCUGGAAAAAGGUAAGUUUUAACCCCUAACCCCUUUCCAGAGCCGGGCGGGAGGGGGACCCUGAGGGUGGGGGCACCCUUAGGGCACUACAGUGCCAGGGAACCGAGUAUGUUUUCCUGGCACUAUAGUGGUCCUUUAAUUGAGACUUUCAGCCUGAGAAAAACAUACUUCUCCAAUCCAGAACAGACUGCUCUGGCACAUACUCCACCAUUUUGCUUUCAGAAGGCAUUGCUGUCAGAGGGUACCAAUACAACUACACCUUACCAUCACCGGGUAGCCAUACUCUUACACCUUACCAUCACCGAGUAACGACACCCCUCCAUGUUACCAUCACCGAGUACCGACACCCCUCCAUGUUACCAUCACUGAGUACCAAUACAUGUACCCACACUGGUUACCCAUACCCCUACAUGUUGUUAUCACUGGGUACCCAGUAUAAAUACCCAUACUGAAGUUAGUGGUAUGAAUACUCCGGCAGUUUCAUGGCACAGGGCACUAAUACUGCUGUGGUUACAUGGUGUAAAGCACCCAGAUACCUUGCUCUAUGGCACAGAUUACAUGCAGAUUUACAGUAUUGGUCAUGCAGGUACAGGGUAGAAAGCCCAGAUACCCUGCAGUUACAUGGUACAGGUACUCCUACGAACACAUGGCAGAGACACCACUAGUUCUGUGAUUACAUGGCACAAGAAUCCAUACUCCUGUGAAUACAUGGCACAGACACCCCUACAACUGCAGAAUUAUGUCACAAGCACCCCAACUUCUAUGGUUUCAUGGCACAGACACCAAUACGCCUUCACUUACAUGACAGAGCACUAUGGUUUCAUAGCACAUGGUACCCAAACUGUUUAUAGUAUAGUCACCCUUACUCCUGCACCAGUCUGACAGCAUACCAUUUCACAGCCAGUGCAACAACGUCACAGACACAAAACGACACAUCCAGGGUAAUAAUGUCACCGAGACAACACUACACCGCUGCUAUAACAAGGUCACUGAGACAACACGACACAGCCAGUAUAACAAUGUCACUGAAAACACGACACAGCCAGUAUAACAAUGUCACCAAAAAACACUACCCAUUCGCUGUAACAAUGUCACAGAGACAACACUACACAGCCGCUAUAACAGUGUCACCAAGACUAUAUUAUACAGCUGAGGGUGAAAAAGAGAAGUGAAACACUUUUCUGUGGGGAAAAAGUGGCAAAUAAAUAAAUAAAUAAAUCUGUAGCAUCAUCGGGGGAAAAAAAAAAAAGUGUUUAUUGAAAAAUUCUAGGGUGCAAAGAUGGAAAAACGCCAGAAAAAUCGGGUUCAUUCCAUUGAUUAGGACCAUGGAUAACACCAUGUAUAAUGUUUGUUGUACAGGAAUUGUUAUUUAAUAUAAAAUGUUUUAUACGCCUUGACUCCAGACUGAUUUAUUCUACUGAUGGUAUCACUGCGCCAUACAAGGCAGAUUAUGGUGGAUCAGUCAAGGAACACAUUUUAAUAAUGUUUUUCUAAACAGAACAUUUUGGUAUUACACGGCCAUAUUACAUUACGUGUUCACAUUCAAAGUUUAUUAUUAAAUGCCCAGCCAG